AUGGCGACAACCAAAACACUUGAAGCUCGCUUCGAGCACCUGUCUAUGAAAGAUGAGAAAGAAAAUGGGGGCAAUGAUAGGGUCUAUGGCAAGCAAAAGGCCCCGGUACCUUCGGUCCAGUCAAACAGUAAUUCGAAUCGGGCUCAAUUAUUGAAGCUAGCUCUCCAGAACAACAAUGAGAACAAGGCCAGUGCCAUGAAUGUACCUGCCUCGCCAGGCAGGGGAUCACAUGGCGCAUUGGUGACCCGGACCACUGAUGAAAACGGCGAUCAGCGCACAUCGUCUUCACUCUGCGACCAGCCAGCCGUCCCUAAGGAAUUGCACCUGGGUAUGUUCGAGAUUGGCAAGCCAUUGGGCAAGGGCAAGUUUGGAAGGGUCUACCUUGCCAAAGAACGUUCCUCUGGAUUUGUCUGUGCCCUGAAGGUGUUGCACAAGUCUGAGUUACAGCAGGGUGGUGUCCAGAAACAAGUCAGGCGUGAAAUUGAAAUCCAGAGCAAUCUGCGUCACCCCAAUGUUUUGAGGCUCUACGGUCAUUUCCAUGACAGUAAACGAAUCUUCCUGAUUCUUGAGUUUGCUGGCCGUGGUGAGCUGUACAAGCACCUUCGCAAGGAGCAUCGAUUCCCAGAAUGGAAGGCCGCACAAUAUGUCGCACAAAUGGCUGCAGCAUUGAAGUAUCUGCACAAAAAGCACGUCAUGCACCGCGACAUCAAGCCUGAGAAUAUCCUCGUUGGCAUUCACGGAGAGAUCAAAAUCAGUGAUUUUGGUUGGAGUGUUCACGCUCCCAACAACAGACGCCAGACCAUGUGUGGAACUCUCGACUACUUGCCCCCAGAGAUGCUCAAGUCUGGCUCCCAGGAGAAUUAUUACAGUGAGAAGGUGGACUUGUGGAGUCUGGGUGUCUUGACUUACGAGUUUUUGGUUGGCGAGGCUCCGUUCGAGGACACCCCUGCUAUGACGCAACGGCGGAUUACCAGGGCAGAUAUGUCGAUUCCUUCAUUUGUGAGCCCAGAGGCGAAGGAUCUUAUCAAGAGGCUUCUCGUCCUUGACCCGGCAAAGCGAAUCCCACUCGACGAGAUCCAGCGUCAUCCUUGGAUUGUGAAGCACUGUACGAAGGAUGACCGAACUACGAAGCGCAGUUCGGCUUCUUCCAAAGAUGGCAAAUCAUGA